ACGAACAAAUGCAGUCGGAAUGUCUAUUAAGGCGCACGACGUGUAAUUAAUAAAUUUUUGCGGUGCGCAUGAAAUUCAAUAGAAAUAAAGAAAAAAUUAAAUAAAUAUUUUACAGAGAAAAAUUAAUAAAUUCAUAAAACCCAUAGAAAAAGUGUUGAAAGUUUAAAUUUAUAAAAUAAAUAGAAUAAAAAAGAAAAAUGUGAAGUAAAAGUGAAAAGUAAUUGUUAAAUGUGUGAAAAAAAAUUGUCGCCAGACAAUUGGUGAGAAAUUAUAAAAUAAAAAUUUUAUACGAGGAAGAAAAAAAAAAGGAAAUCACAAGAAUUGUAAGGAGAAGAUAACAAGCAAAAAUCAUGUAUCUGAUAUUGAAAUUAAAAAGAAAAAAUGUUUUUAACGAAUAUAAAGAAAUUAAUAAACAAAUAAUAUAAGUUGGAAAUUAAACGAGAGUUUAACUUGGAAAUUUAAUUUAAAAAAGUGCAGACAUUGAAGUGCAAGUGAGUGCUCCCUCCGUAGCCAGUCACAGCCACCAGCAACGACAAACGACUCUAGUGUUUAGGGCGUGUUAAUAAAAAGUGUUGGGGAAAUUAUUACAGAAACAAGUUAACUAAACAAAUUUUAACACAUUUAAAUAAAAUUAAAAACAAAUUUAAACAAUUUUAAUGUUUUCUAUGUCCAAUAUAAAACAACAAUAAUAAGAAAAAAAAGUUGUUGAAAAAAGAAAAAAUCAAUUUGUAGCUUUUUUUCUUAUAUUUUAAUGAUUGCAACUUCCUUUUUGUAGUUACAUUCUUUGGAUACGGUGUCUACUACAAGUGCGAAUUAUAACAACAUAAGCAAAUUGAGAAAAAUUUAAAACGAAGUCUUUUUUUAAAGAAAAGAUAAAUAAUUAAAAAAAAAUAAAGUGUUAAACAUUUGUUUGUGUAAAAAAAAGAAAAUAUGUUUUGCCAAAAAUAAAUUAUAGUAAAAAGAAAACAAAUUUAUAUAAAAAGCGAAGAAAUCCAGCUUUAACACCCACCCACCACCUUUUUUCGGUUAAUUUCCUUGUUUCUUUCUGCUAUUUGACAACAUUGCUUUCUGCUGCUUAUUAAAACCGUUAUUUCGCCCUACAGUUGUCAAUGUUGUAAAUGUGUGUGUGUUUUUAGUUGAUCCUUCGUGUAAUCCUUACAAAAAAACAACAAUAGCUACUUUUCUCUCUUUAACAACUCUACUAUUUAUUAAAGGAAAGUGAAAAAAAGAAAAAUACAUAUUUUCCUUAAAUUUAAACUCUCUUAGACGGCCUUUUGACCCCUACACUUUGAUAAACAAAACACAACCACAAUGGGUGCUCAACAAGGCAAAGAACGUGGUUCACAUUCUAGCGGCAGCCAUGGUGGCACUGCCAGUUGUAUUGGUGUUUCCAGUAGCAGCCCGGUGGGUUCUCAUGGUCUACCGGUUAAUGCUUUAGGUGCUGGUUCUACGUUACGUGGCUCCCGCAUAAAAUCCUCCUUACCACCAGCUGCUGUUAGUGGUGGUGGUGUUGGCGGCUCUAGUGGUUUACAUCGUUCGGGUGGUGUCUCAUCAGCAUCGUGUCAUAAUCCCAAGGAUAAUCGCUGCAAUCCAAUUGGUUUGAAUAUUUUUACUGAACAUAAUGGCACACUACACAGAAUACCACAACGUGAUACAGGAAAAUAUCAAAUUAAUUUAGAAGCUCUCUUACAAUCCCGACCCCUGCCACAUAUACCAGCUGGUAGCACACUACUGGGUGGUGUACCAGACACAUCGGACCUUUUGGGUCAAAAUCAAGAUGGCAUUUCAUUGCAUACCACACAAACACACAGUCAGGGACACAGUUCGACAACAUGGUUUGAAUCGGCCCACAGAUGGACUUCCAAAGAAAAUCUCUUAGCUCCGGGACCCGAAGAAGAUGAUCCUCAGUUAUUUGUAGCACUUUACGAUUAGGCCGGAGGAGAAAAUCAAUUGAGUCUCAAAAAGGGAGAACAAGUACGCAUAUUAUCGUAUAACAAAUCAGGAGAAUGGUGUGAGGCCCAUUCGGAUUCGGGUAAUGUGGGCUGGGUGCCCUCAAAUUAUGUAACACCUUUGAACUCAUUGGAAAAACAUUCCUGGUAUCAUGGACCCAUAUCAAGAAAUGCUGCAGAAUAUCUUUUAAGUUCAGGCAUCAAUGGUUCAUUUCUGGUAAGAGAAAGCGAAAGUUCUCCCGGACAAAGAAGUAUUAGUUUAAGAUAUGAGGGUCGUGUUUAUCACUAUCGAAUAUCUGAAGAUCCCGAUGGUAAAGUUUUCGUAACAGCCGAAGCCAAAUUUAAUACCCUCGCCGAACUGGUACAUCAUCAUAGUGUGCCACACGAGGGUCAUGGACUGAUUACACCACUUUUGUAUCCAGCACCAAAGCAAAAUAAACCAACAGUAUUUCCUCUAAGUCCCGAACCCGAUGAAUGGGAAAUUUGUCGCACUGAUAUUGUUAUGAAACACAAGUUGGGCGGUGGCCAGUAUGGUGAGGUUUAUGAGGCGAUAUGGAAACGUUAUGGCAAUACGGUGGCCGUUAAAACACUUAAAGAAGAUACUAUGGCCCUUAAGGAUUUCCUUGAAGAGGCAGCCAUUAUGAAAGAAAUGAAACAUCCCAAUUUAGUGCAACUAAUUGGUGUCUGUACCCGUGAGCCACCCUUCUAUAUAAUCACGGAAUUUAUGUCUCAUGGUAAUCUAUUGGAUUUCCUACGAUCAGCCGGACGCGAAACACUCGAUGCUGUGGCUCUUCUGUACAUGGCUACACAAAUAGCAUCGGGUAUGAGCUAUUUAGAAUCUCGUAAUUAUAUUCAUCGUGACUUGGCUGCCCGUAAUUGUUUGGUGGGCGAUAAUAAAUUGGUAAAAGUAGCCGAUUUUGGUUUGGCUCGUCUGAUGCGUGAUGACACCUAUACGGCACAUGCGGGCGCCAAGUUUCCCAUCAAAUGGACCGCCCCCGAGGGAUUGGCCUACAAUAAGUUCAGUACAAAAUCGGAUGUUUGGGCGUUCGGUGUGCUGCUGUGGGAAAUAGCCACGUACGGUAUGUCCCCAUAUCCGGGCAUCGAUCUGACCGAUGUCUUUCAUAAAUUGGAGAAAGGUUAUCGCAUGGAACGGCCACCGGGCUGUCCACCGGAAGUUUAUGAUUUAAUGCGUCAAUGUUGGCAAUGGAAUGCGGCGGAUAGGCCGACGUUUAAAAGCAUACAUCAUGCUUUGGAACAUAUGUUUCAGGAAUCAUCUAUAACCGAAGCGGUCGAAAAACAAUUGAAUGCCACGACAACAACAACAACGCCAAAUAUUGGUCAAAGUUUAACGCCACAAAUGUCGAAAAAGGGUAUAAUGCAGGGCGGCAAUACACAGGGUUCACAGGGAAAUAGUGGCGGUGGUGGUUGUGGUGGCGUCGGCGGUAAUAGUGGUGGUGGUCUAACACCAGGUGGUCAUCACGAUCAGCAAGCCAGUACUCCCAUGUCAGACACUGGUUCCGGCUCAACGAAACUUUUAACAUUUUCCAGUCAAGGCAAAGGUAAUGUUCAAAUGCGUAGAACCACCAACAAACAGGGCAAACAAGCUCCAGCCCCACCCAAAAGAACCAGUCUACUCUCUUCAAGUCGUGAUAGCACCUAUCGUGAUGAGGACAAUUCAGCCUCUGCACGCCAGCUUAUUGAUGAAAUGCAUACCAAUGGUCUCAGCCGUGAUAUAAAUAAUCUCAAUCAACGUUACGACUCAGAGAAUGACAAUAACACCGGCGAUCCUGAUACCGAUCAUACUGGCGAUAGUUUGGAGCAGAAUACACACUCUAAAAUGCAACAUUCUAUGCAUGUUGCCAAUAAUAUUGGACCACGAGGAGCCCAAACACACUCCUCUUUUAAGAGACCUACACCAGUAAUGGGCAAUCGUGGUCUAGAAACAAGACAAAGUAAAAGAUCUCAACAUUCCGGCCGAACGGAGGGAAACACAGUGGCUGUUAAUACCGCAGCUAUAAAUCAAAUAAAUCCGGUAGCCCAACCCAUACAGGUAGGAGCCUUGGAGGUCAUGAAUGUUAAACGUGUGGUCAAUCGUUAUGGCACCUUGCCCAAGGUACAAAGAAUUGGCCAAUUUCUCGAUAGUUUGGAAGACAGCAAUGAGGGGGGUAGUACUGUAGGUACACCCGCUAAUGUGGUAACAGCAGCGCCUGCCACAAAUGGCCUAAAUGGCAGACUAGCGAAAAAUACUCCUCCACCUUUGGCGGCCCCCUUGCCACAACAAAUGAUACGUAGCAACUCUUCGGGUGGUGUAACCAUGCAGAACAAUGCCUCGGCCAGUUUAAAUAAGUUACAAAGACAUCGCACCACUGCCGAUGGCAGCAGCAUGAUGACCUUCUCUUCCUUCCGUGGCAAUAACUCUAGCAAUUCACCCAAACGUAAUCAGCAACCGGCUUUGGCUAAUUUGGAAUUUCCACCACCACCUUUGGAUUUGCCACCACCACCAGAAGAGUUUGAAAACAUGCCACCACCACCGCCACCACAGCCAGAAUGUGAUUUGUCUACGCCACCCCAAGCUUAUGCGGCACAAUUGGGUUUAAAGACCAAAACCAGCUGUAAUGAUGUUUCCAACACCGCCCCCAGUGUUGAGGAGGCUAGUUCAAGAUUUGGAGUUUCUUUGCGUAAAAGAGAACCCUCUACAGACUCCUGCAGUUCGCUAGGCACCCCGGCCGCCAAUGACAACAAUAAUGGCAAUUUGCAAAAUCAGGAAUUAACCAUGAAGGAAAAGUUAAUGGCAGAAAUAAAAGAUCGACAAGCCAAAGAGAAUUCCUCUACCACAGCCAAUAUACAAAACGGCAAUUCUAGUGUAGAUCCGGUGGCUCUUUUAGUCAACGAAUUGGCCGAAAGCAUGAAUUUGCCCAAACAAAAACAACAAUUGGCGGCAGCUAAUCCCCCGGCACCCAAGUCGCCAGCUGCUACAAAUGAUUUAAAUACGGCCGGCAAUACUAAUACUUUCAAGGCUCAGUUAAAAAAGGUGGAACCUAAAAAAUUACCCACUCCCACACAAAAACCAGAACAACAAACCAACAUUAUAGAUUUCAAAGCUCACCUACGUAAGGUAGAGACUAAAAAUAAUACAACAGAGACAAGCUUAAAAGACAAAGAAUUAAAAAAAGACUUGGAAAAGGACACUUCAUCUGCUUCUUCAUCAUCAACAACAACGACUCUAAACAAAUCACCAAAUGCUAAUGCAAAAACCAAUACUUCUUCUUCAACGGGAUCAUCGACUUUAAAUCGCAAAGAUGAUAAGAAAUUUUCCACCAACAACACGACACAUUUAACACAAAAGACUGAAAUAAAAAUUGACCUACAACAACAGACAAACCAAAUCAAUCAAGCCAAUCAAUCCAAUGCCAACAAUGCUGAAAAUAAUACCGAAUCAUCGGCGAACACUGAGGCCAAUGUGGAAUGUGGAAAACGCCGCAGCACAGGUAGUAUUAAUAGUUUAAAGAAAUUAUGGGAACAACCGGGUCAAACAACGACUGCAAUCGGCCCACAACAAGCAGAUUAUGCCAGCACGCAAAAUAUGCCUGGGAAUGCUACCACUACCAAUAUAACCAAUGCCAUCAUCACUACCACCUCCACACAAUUGUCUCCUAAAUUUGCAUUUAAACCUACCACUACUAACAGCGGUGGUUUAAUCACACCCACCUCUGGCACCAAUUCUUCCACGCAACUAUUGCAACAACAGCAACCACAACAACGUUAUCCCCUUAAUAGCACACAAAUAUCACCCAGAAUUACCAAUAAUAAUAGCAAUAAACCACCACCAUUACAACCUCCACCCCCACCACCUCCUCAAAAUCAAAGCCAACAACAGCAUUCAUCCCAUAACAAUUCCCAUAAUAAUCAUCAACAUCAUAAUAACGCCACAACAUCCACUCAUUUAACAAAUUCUAUUUCCACACAAUUCACAGAACUCAACACAGUUAAUAGUUCACACAAAACUACAGCAGCAACAGGCGGAGAGGAUUCACAGCAGCAAGAAAAUGAUCUCAUGACUCAGUCCAUGUUUGUGGAAAAUACCAAUUCAUCAGCUGCCGGCGUCAAUAACAAACUCACCACAUCGACUAUAAACUCAAAACCAGCCGUGCCACUAAAACCCACCAAACUCACCAUCUAUGCCACGCCCAUGGCUCAAAAAAUUGCCUCAGCUGGUGGCAAUACAGACAUCACAACUACCAACACUAAUAACACCAACACAACCAAUAAUGCUGCAACCGAAAACUCUACGAAAAUCUCACGUGAAAGCAUCUUAGAAUUGGUGGGACUUUUAGAGGGCUCUCUCAAGCAUCCGGUCAACACCAUAUCCGCUUCACAAUGGCUACAACUCAGCGAUAAAUUGAAUAUACUACAAAACUCUUGUGUCGUCUUCGCGGACAACGAGUGCAUGCCGCCUCAUUCGAAAUUUCAUUUUCGUGAGUUGGUCACUCGAGUAGAAACACAAUCGCAAUCCCUACGUACGGCUGGUACGAAAAAUGUCCAGGACAAUGAACGUUUGGUCAGCGAAGUUGGUCAAUCACUCAAACAGAUAACGAAUGCAUUGCAUAGGUAAAUAUUAAGAAACGGGGUGGGCGGGGAAUUGUGGUUAGAUUCAGAGGGGAAUUUUAUAAAAAGACAAAAAUAAAUACACAUACAUACAUACAAACUCCAAAGAUAAAAAAAAGACAGCUUAGAAUUAUAAUUGAUUAAUAACAACAACAACAACAACAACAAAAAACGGGAAAUAAAAUUUAAAUAUAGUAUUUAAAAUGCUUAUAAGCAUAUAAUUUACCAUAUAUUUAUACAAAUACAAUACAAUUUAUAAAAUUAACAAACAAAAAAAAAA